UAAGUGUCAAGGUCAGCUGUAUAAAAAAUCUCUCCAUAUUUUAUUAUUAAAAUUAUUAAACAAUUUAUUUAGUUUACAAAAAAACAUUUGUGAGAACGAAUCAUCGCAUUUCUUGAUGAUAUUUUGGAAGAAUUAAUAUGCCUCUAGCAAAUUCCGGUGAACCAUGGCAAAUUCAACGCUCGGACACAGAGUCCCAAUCUGGAGACGCAGAUGAAUCUUUGGCUGUUGAAGAGACGGCAGCAGGCUCGAGCGAAAAGGAACACGAAAUCGAAUUGGGAGAUGUUGUAAGAAAUGGACACGACAAAGCUGAUCCCUCCCAAUUCGAACUGCUCAAAGUUCUUGGCGAGGGUUCUUUUGGCAAAGUUUUUCUUGUACGAAAAAUUGUUGGUACCGAUGCAGGAACAUUAUAUGCUAUGAAAGUUUUAAAGAAGGCUACACUAAAGGUUAGGGAUCGAUAUCGUACAAAAAUGGAAAGAAACAUUCUAGUUGACGUCGAACAUCCCUUUAUAGUCAAACUUCAUUAUGCUUUCCAAACUGAGGGAAAGCUGUACCUUAUUUUAGAUUUUUUAAGAGGUGGAGAUUUGUUUUCUCGAUUGAGUAAGGAAGUCAUGUUCACAGAAGAGGAUGUGAAAUUUUAUUUAGCCGAACUAGCAUUAGCAUUGAAUCACUUGCACACAGUUGGAAUUAUAUACCGGGAUCUCAAACCGGAAAACAUAUUGCUAGAUGCAGACGGUCAUAUUGCACUCACAGAUUUUGGUCUCUCUAAAUUACCAGUAGAAGAAGGAAAAACUUAUAGUUUUUGUGGCACAGUGGAAUACAUGGCGCCUGAAGUAGUCAACCGAAACGGUCAUUCUUUCGCUGCAGAUUGGUGGUCUUUUGGGGUGUUGAUGUACGAAAUGUUAACAGGCGCUUUACCUUUUCAAGGGCAAGAUCGUAAGGAGACCAUGACUCAAAUUCUCAAGGCCAAACUCGGUAUGCCAGCCAACUUAAGUACUGAAGCCCAAAGUUUACUGAGGGCUUUGUUUAAAAGGAAUCCCGUGAAUAGGUUGGGUGCUGGUGUUGGAGGUGUAGAAGAUUUGAAACACCACGAAUUCUUCGCUACUAUAGACUUUGAAGCACUUCUUGCCAAAAAAAUUAGGCCUCCCUUUCAGCCUGCCGUCUGUGGUCCCGAAGACGCCUAUUUCGAUUCAGAGUAUACCAGUAAAACGCCAAAAGACUCUCCUGGAGUACCUGCCAGUGCCAAUGCUCACGAGUUGUUUAGAGGAUUUAGUUUUGUUGCUCCCUGUUUGUUAGAAAAUGGUACCGUCUAUAAAAAGUCGAUGGAAACGCCUAUAAAAUCUUUUAGGACGCCGGAUCGUAAUUUCUUUGAAGAAUAUGUUCUUAUGGAUGUUUUGGGUUCAGGGAGUUAUAGUGUGUGUAAAUUAGCUAAACAAAAAGCUACAGGCCAGCAAUAUGCUGUAAAGAUUAUCAACAAAUCCCUAUGCGAUUGCCGUGAAGAAGUGGAAAUCUUGCUCAGAUAUGGCCAACAUCCUGGAAUAGUCAACUUGAAAACCGUGUACGAAGAAGCCACUAAAAUCUACCUGGUUUUGCAACUGCUUAAAGGCGGAGAUUUGCUAGAAUACAUGACAAAAAAGAAGAGACUUGAUGAAAGAGAAUCGGCUGUAAUAUUAAAAACAUUAGCAACGACAGUGGCGUACCUGCACGAAAACGGAGUUGUUCACAGAGAUUUGAAGCCUGCCAAUAUUUUAUUUAUCAAUGAAGAUCAUGCUCCCGAUAGUGUUAAAAUCUGUGAUAUGGGCUUUGCCAAACAGCUUAGAGCUGAUAAUGGUUUACUGAUGACACCUUGUUAUACUGCACAUUUUGUAGCUCCAGAAGUAUUAAAGCGUCAAGGAUAUGACGCUGCUUGUGAUAUUUGGUCCCUAGGAGUGAUUUUAUAUAUUAUGUUAUGCGGACAAUGUCCUUUUAGUACAACCCCUGAUGAUAGUCCUCAAAAGAUUCUACAGAGGAUAAGUUCAGGGAAAUUAGAUUUACAUCAAAAUCCUGGUUGGAAAAAUGUAUCAAACGAAGCAAAAAUGUUAGUAACUGAUAUGUUACAUAUUGCGCCCCAUAGACGGCCUACAGCAGCUACUUUAGUUAAGAAUCCUUGGCUAAAUGCUCAAGUAGCCGAAUAUUAUGCUCAACUGAGAUCAGGACAACCUGAACCUGUAAAUUUGAAAGCGCACACGCCAGUUGACGAACUAGUACCAGCACCAACAGUUGGAGAAGCUCAUUUAAAGGAAACUGUGGCUGCCACAUUCAGGGCAAUAGCAACUUCACCUCAAAUAGCCCACCUGGGUCCUGUAGCUAUGUCAGAACUAGCUAGGCGAAGAUUCAGAGAUAAGUCGCAGCGAGCGCAACAAUCAUCAACCUAACUCUAGUUUUAGUCAAUUACCAGAAAUCCAACCUCAGAGUGCAAAUUGAAUUGAUAAAAAUUUGUUGAUGGGAUAUCGUUGAAUUGUGUCGUUUGGAUAUUGUUUGAAUGGAUCCAUGCUUUUUUUAAUUUUUGCUUCAAGUUGUUUUAUUUUUGUUUAAACAUUUGCAGCAGUAAGAGUGAUUCCGUGGGAUUUUUUCGGUUGUUUAUAUUUGUGAUUUAUUAAUGUUAUAAGUUUUGAAAUUCCAAAAGUACAAUAUAUUUUUUUUUUAGUUUAAUUUCUAAAUUUUGCUAUGAAUUAUUGUUUCGUUAUUUUAAAGCCUAUUAAAAUUGAGAAGAGCUUGUUAAUUGGUCAAUUUAUCUAUGUGUUGGAUGUUGUUGAAAAUUAAAACCAUAUUUGAAUAGAUUGUUUUAGAUAUUGCGAGAGUUGAUAUACUUUGAGCUUAAAAAAAUGUUAAUUCCAUAUCGAAACAAUCAAUAUUAUUAAUUAGAUUGUCACAAAAUUUUAUACAGAGUUAUUAUAUACCUUGACCGCUAAACAUUUCAAUUUUGCUCUGUGUAAAAUACUGGUACAGUGAAAAACUGAAAUAUUUCUAUUUUAAUCAAGCCAUGGUUGUUAUAUUCGUGAUAUUGCUGUAACCAUAUUCUUCCAUAUUAAAAAAACUGUAUUGUUUCUAACAUGAAAUACAUCACCAGUGUCAAGUGGACGGGAUUUUGUGCCAAAAAUACUUCCAAUUGAAAAUUGAAUUUCAAUUUACUGACUGCCAAAAUAUGGUGGAGGAAUUUCAUAUUUGAUGCAAGUAAGAAACAAUAUAUUUUUCUAUCUUUUGAUGAAUCACCAGUGCCAGAAAACUAACCAUAAACCUAUUUAUCUGUAAUUAUGUACUUAUAUCUGUUGUUAAUGUGUAUCAUACAUAAUAUUGUUCAAUGAUUGUCGUUAUACAGGGUGGUCCAUUUAACUUGAGACAGUCUAAUAUCUCGAAAACGGUGCGUUUUUGAAAAAAAAAGUUCAAAUAAAAGUUACAUGGUAUCAUGUGGGAAACAAAAUGGCGGUACUGAUUUUUGACUUUGACAACGUUUUCAAGGUUAUUUCAAGGUCAACUCUUUUUUUUCAAUGGAAAUAUAUUUUUUUAUUACAGAAUCUUAUUCUACAGAAAAAAACAAGUAACUUUUACUUGAAGCAUUUUUUGAUCCGGUUUCAAUUUAAGCUGAUAAAAAAGAACGAAUAAUUUUUUUGUUUUCUCCUCACAAAAUCGAACAGUAGAGAAAGGUUACCAAAAAUACCUCAAAAACUAUAAUAAUUGAUCAAAAUGUCGAUCGCCAACUUCAACACACUUGUCAAUUCACUUUAAAAAUCAAACACACAGUUCAUCAAGAGGUUCCCACAACACCGGAUAAUAUGAUGGAACACAUAAGAAAUGCUUAGAGCUGUCAGUAAAGAAACUGUAAUUUGGUGCCAUGAAAGCUUUUUACAGCGAAUUAACAAGUGUGUUGAAGUUGGCUGUCGUCAAUUUGAUCAAUUGUUAUAUUUUUUGAUUUAUUUUUGGUAACCUUUCUCUACUUUUCGAUUUUGUGAGGAGGAAAAAAAAAUUAUUCGUUCUUUUUUAUCAGGUUAAAUUGAAACCGGAUCGAAAAAUGCUUCAAGUAAAAGUUACUUGUUUUUUUCUGUAGAAUAAGAUUCUGUAAUAAAAAUAUAUAUUUCCAUUGAAAAAAAAAGAGUUGACCUUGAAAUAACCUUGAAAACGUUGUCAAAGUCAAAAAUCAGUACCGCCAUUUUGUUUCCCACAUGAUACCAUGUAACUUUUAUUUGAACUUUUUUUUUCAAAAACGCACCGUUUUCGAGAUAUUAGACUGUCUCAAGUUAAAUGGACCACC